CAGUUGUUCCUACUCUUUCCCCUCAAUUUUUCCUUCACUGAAAAGCACCUUCACAAGUCUCACCAUUGUGUUUGUUAUACAUAAGGAUAGUCACUGCUCAGGGUGGGUGUCCUGAGAGCUUCUCUAAUUUGACUUUAACUGUGCACGUCAGACUCAGCUAUUGAGGAAUUCCCCUCCCCUCCCUGACAAUAAGAACAUUGGUUCUCAAGCCUGUAAGUUGGAAGCAGUGGCUCCUGCUGGGCUGGAAUCCUUGGACUCGAUGUCAAGCUGGGCUGAUGGUAGGUGGGCUGUGACACAGGGCUGAUGGCUUGUAUACCUACAGGAGGAGUUCUCUGGCCACACCGUUGGUACAGCAGCUCCUUCCAGGCUCAUUCAUGGAACAGGCAUGGUGGCAGGCUUGGAGAAGAGUGCCAGCCCCGGUCAGAGAAAAUGUCAAAGAAAUUUUUGGGCAGACUAUUAUUCAUCAUCAUAUCCCUUUUAACUGGGACUGUGAAUUUAUCCGACUGCAUUUUGGCCAUAAUCGAAAGAAGCAUCUUAACUACACAGAAUUCACACAGUUUCUCCAGGAACUGCAAUUGGAACAUGCAAGGCAAGCUUUUGCACUAAAAGACAAAAGCAAAAGUGGCAUGAUUUCUGGUCUGGACUUCAGUGAUAUCAUGGUUACCAUUCGGUCCCACAUGCUUACUCCUUUUGUGGAGGAGAACUUGGUUUCAGCUGCUGGAGGAAGUAUCUCACACCAAGUUAGUUUCUCCUACUUCAAUGCAUUUAACUCCUUAUUGAACAACAUGGAGCUUGUUCGUAAAAUAUAUAGCACUUUAGCUGGCACAAGGAAAGAUAUUGAAGUCACAAAGGAGGAAUUUGCCCAGAAUGCCAUACGCUAUGGACAAGUUACUCCACUGGAAAUUGAUAUCCUGUACCAGCUUGCAGACUUAUAUAAUGCUUCAGGGCGCUUGACAUUGGCAGAUAUUGAGAGAAUAGCUCCAUUGGCUGAGGGGGCCUUACCUUACAACCUGGCAGAACUUCAGAGACAGCAAUCUCCUGGGUUAGGCAGGCCUGUCUGGCUCCAGAUUGCCGAGUCCGCUUACAGAUUCACCCUGGGCUCAGUUGCUGGAGCUGUGGGAGCCACUGCAGUGUAUCCAAUAGAUCUAGUGAAGACUCGGAUGCAAAACCAGCGUGGCACUGGCUCUGUUGUUGGGGAACUGAUGUACAAAAAUAGCUUUGACUGUUUUAAGAAGGUCUUACGUUAUGAGGGCUUCUUUGGACUCUACCGGGGUCUGAUACCACAGCUUAUAGGAGUUGCCCCAGAAAAGGCCAUUAAGCUGACUGUUAAUGAUUUUGUCCGAGACAAAUUUACCAGAAGAGAUGGCUCCAUUCCACUUCCAGCAGAAAUCCUUGCUGGUGGUUGUGCUGGAGGCUCUCAGGUCAUCUUUACUAACCCACUGGAGAUAGUGAAGAUUCGCUUGCAGGUAGCAGGAGAGAUCACCACUGGACCCAGAGUCAGCGCCCUGAAUGUGCUUCGGGACUUGGGACUUUUUGGUCUAUAUAAGGGUGCCAAAGCGUGUUUCCUCCGAGACAUUCCCUUCUCUGCAAUCUAUUUUCCUGUUUAUGCUCAUUGCAAACUACUUCUGGCUGAUGAAAAUGGACGUGUGGGAGGUGUAAAUCUCCUUGCAGCCGGAGCCAUGGCAGGUGUGCCUGCUGCUUCUCUGGUGACCCCUGCUGAUGUCAUCAAGACAAGGCUGCAAGUGGCUGCCCGAGCUGGCCAGACAACAUACAGUGGUUUGAUUGACUGUUUCAGAAAGAUACUCCGGGAAGAAGGGCCCUCUGCAUUUUGGAAGGGGACUGCAGCUCGAGUGUUCCGGUCUUCUCCCCAGUUCGGUGUUACUUUGGUCACCUAUGAGCUUCUGCAGCGGUGGUUUUACAUUGAUUUUGGAGGCCUCAAACCCUCAGGCUCAGAACCAACGCCUAAGUCCCGCAUCGCAGAUCUUCCUCCAGCCAAUCCUGAUCACAUUGGAGGAUACAGACUUGCCACUGCCACAUUUGCUGGCAUUGAAAACAAGUUUGGCCUUUAUCUUCCCAAAUUUAAGUCACCUAGUGUUGCUGUGGGUCAGCCAAAGGCGGCAGCAGCAGCAGCAGCUCAAUGAGGAGAGUAGCAAAGUGGCACCCUGAAGAAAGAGCCGUAGGCAAGCAGAGCAGCCCUGUAAUGUGUCUUGUCAGCUGCAUGGUGCUGACUGAGCCCGAGAGUCCAACUAUUCUUUCUAUAUGACAUAUACAUAUGUCUGUUUAUAAAAUAAUCAUUUGCCCAGGGGGAAAAAUCACAACGCAGUUUCAAGCUUUAGUCUUAUGUGUUGAAAUGUUUUCUAAGCCUGGCAUGAAGUGUAGUGUUCUAGACUCUGCUUUGCACCGCUUGUACUUACAGUGACUGUACAUAUUGUACAUCUUUGUACAGAGACAUCUUGGCGCCUCCAUCCCAACAAAUCACAUUUAUAGAAAUGUAAUACAGUUCUAAGUGGCUUGAAAUGUACAGAAUGUUUCGAAAGUGUUUUAUUAAGAAUCAUGAGAAUAAAUGUAUUCAAAUUAAAUUCUUUCUCUCAUUGGUGACUUGUGGUAAUAAAGCAUCAAUAUUGGA